AGGAGGGGGCCGGUAUCUGAACAUGUUGCAGUGACUCACAGUCUGGGGCCAGCCCCUGCUGAUGGCACUUCUCUGGACCCUAGAAGACAGCCAGCAGCAGUCAUCGCAGAGGCCCCACCACAGAUAUGUAUUUCUUGCCUGCUCCCGCCUCUGCUGCCGUCUAUGUCUCCAUCCUGCUUGGCUGCACCUGGCUCUGCUCGGCUGUUGAGGUCUCCACAGCCAAGCGCCCUGGGCGAGUCUUGAUACCCCUCACUCCCAAAGAAGAGAUUGAAUGCCCCAGCGCUUCUGUGGAAASUUUUCUCAACAGCACUGUGACCACUCGUGUCCUCCCCGCUCUCUACUCCGUGGUGCUGCUUGUGGGGCUGCCAGCCAAUGCUCUUGCCUUCUGGGUUCUGGUGACCAAGUUCAGGAGAAGUCCCACCACCUUCUUCCUCCUUAAUCUGGCCAGUGCUGACCUGCUUUUUGCCCUCCUGCUGCCCUUCAAGAUCUCCUACUACCUUUUGGGCAACCAAUGGCUCUUUGGGGACUACCUGUGCCGCACCAUGGUGGCCCUCCUCUAUGGGAACAUGUACAGCUCCAUCCUCUUCCUCACCUGCAUUGGCCUGGAGCGUUACAUCUCUGUGGUGCACCCAUUCCUGUGGAAGGGAUCCAAGUGGAUGUGGGGCAGAGUGUGUGUCUCUGUGGGGAUUUGGCUGGCGGUGGGGCUGGGCAUGAGCCCUCUGCUCUUAAGCCCCCAGACAAAGCACAUCUCAAAGCUGAACAUCACCACGUGCCACGACGUCCUGGACAAGCAUGAUCAGAAGUUCUUCUUCUAUUAUUUCCUCUUGCUGAUAGUGCUGGGCUUUGGCCUGCCUUUCGUGCUCAUGACCCUCUCCUAUGGCUGCAUCGUGGUGCGGCUCCUGGCCAAGGGGAGGCAGUAUGGGCAUGUGGUGCGUGUCCUGGGCUUGGUCCUCCUGGUCUUCAUCCUCUGCUUCACUCCCAGCAAUGUGCUGCUCUUCAACCACUACGUACUGGGUGCCACGGCCUGCCUCAACGUCACCUACAUCUGGUACACCGUGGCGCUGGCGCUCAGCGCUUUCAACACCUGCUUUGAUCCCUUCAUCUACUUCUAUGUCUCCAGGGAUUUCCGGGCCUGCUUUUGGGAUGGAGGCACCUGCUGCCCCAGGCAGCUGAGGACCUCGACAGGGAAGGCCUCUGAGAAGGUGGCCUUACCCCUAAGGUCCAGCGAGCAGAGCCAGCCGUAGGCAGGGGGCUGUGGGCUGGACCCAGCUAUGCCUCCCAGUGUCACGUCAGCAUCACAGACACAGCAGCCGAAGCACCUGGGACGUGCUGUCCUUCAGACUGUGCCCUGGGAGCAGAGCUCUUCCCAGCUGCCAGCCGGGCCCCGGCACAG